AUGCGAUGCGGCGGCUGCCAGGGCUGCGCCCACCCGCGACUCAGGGAGUGCGUCCGCGAGUUUGCUGCGCGCCUUCGGGCCAGCCCUGCUUUUGUCGAGCGCGUCCGGCGGGAGCUCGCGGGCUUCUUUCUCGCCUGCUGUUGCUCCUCUUGCUCGGACCCCUCGAAGCGCCGACUUUGCCACGGGCACAUCCUCUUCUAA